AUGGCCUCACUUGUAACCUUAAUCAUUUGCAUAGCUAUUACAUUAUCUCAAGCGAUUGCAACAACCGAUGAAAACAUCUUGGAGAGAGGCACUACAAAUGAAAGUCAAUGCAGGAACUUGACAGAGUUGACAAUGCAACAAAUUUCAUCAGCAAUCCCAUAUUUCAGUGACAAUGGAGAAAUCGGAAGAAUGAUCAACAACACUAAUGUAGACAGCAUUAAUGCAGACAACAACAAACUAGCCUUAUCCGCACUGACAUGUUGCCAAGAGUUUCUCUCUCUCGCAGUAUAUAACCUCAAUAGAUCCCUCUCGACUGAUGUAACCAAGGCCGGAAUGAUGUCCAUGAUAUGCGCCGCAGGCACCAUUCUACAGACGUGCAUAGACGGAUUUGAGGAUCAAUCCCGGGUGAUGUUUGAAUCUGUAUACAACAAACUCAAGUAUCCCAUUGAUACCAACAAAGACACCACAAAAAGGAUGGCCAAGUUGAACGGUAUAUCUGAUGUUUUGAACAAAGAUUCUGAGUAUCCAAGUUGGCUAUCUGAUGGGGACAUGAAUCUCAUGAGGGCGGAUUCGAAGAUCAAAGCUGACGUUGUGGUGGCCAAAGAUGGAUCGGGUAAGUAUAGGACAGUACAGGCUGCGGUGAACGAUGCGCCGAGAAUUAGCAUGAAGAGGUAUGUGAUUUAUGUGAAGAGUGGAUCUUAUAAUGAAAAUGUGAAGAUACCGCCAGAUAGAUGGAAUUUGAUGAUGGUUGGAGAUGGGAUGGAUAAAACCAUAAUCCACAACAACUUGAGUUAUCGUGCUGGAUUCCAGACUUGGGCAACCGCCACCUUUGCCGCAUACGGAGAGGGAUUCAUAGCCCAGGACAUAAAAUUCGUCAACAUUGCCGGAGCCAUCAACGAACAAGCUGUGGCCCUCCUCUCAGCGGGAGACCGCUCCGUAUUCUACCGGUGCAGCAUGGAAGGCUACCAAGACACCCUCUGCCCCCUAUCCAACCGGCAGUUGUACCGCGAGUGCGAAAUCUACGGCACGAUCGACUUCAUCUUCGGCAACGCGGCCGUGGUGAUACAAAAGAGCAGCAUCUUGGUUAGAAAGCCACUCCGUGGGCAAUUCAACACGAUCACGGCCCAGGGCAGGACGGACCCGGAUUGGCCGACCGGGACUGUGGUGCAAUCCAGCACGAUCCGAGCGGCGGAAGACCUGACGGGCGUGAGAACCUACCUCGGGCGGCCUUGGAAGAACUAUGCCUCGGUUGUGUUCAUGCAAAAUAAUAUGGGUAAAUUGAUCGAUCCAAUCGGGUGGACACCCUGGGAUCCACCCACGCCAAAGAACACUGUUUUCCUAGCGGAGUAUUACAACCUUGGGGAUGGCGCGGAAACUAAGGGUCGAAUGAAAUGGCCAGGAGUGAAGCCUAGGCUUGGACGCAAGGAGGCGUCUCGAGACUUUUUCGACGGAGAUUAUCGAGAGCAUCUCGCCGGAGGAUCUCCAGCCAACGGUCAAGCUCUGCGCCGACGGGUUGCAGUCUUCUUCAAUUGCGGUGAAGAGGUCUGUGGCGGUGAAUUGUGGUUAUUGGCGAGGAAUCACGCUGAUAAUCGUGUUUUAAUUGGGGAAUUCGGCGCCGUGCCUGCUUUGAUUCCGCUUCUCAAUUGCUCGGACUCUACCGCGCAGGAGCACGCGGUGACGGCGCUUCUUAAUCUCUCCCUCCACGACGGCAACAAGAUCGUGAUAACCAGAGCCGGCGCUGUGAAAUCCCUAAUUUAUGUUUUGAAAACAGGCACCGAGGUGUCGAAGCAGAACGCGGCUUGCGCGCUGCUGAGUCUGGCUUUGGUUGACGAGUACAAUGCUUGA